CGAUCCGCUCACCGCUGGCCUGAGUGCUGUUCCGGUGCAACACGAGGACAAGCAAGCAGCAUCCUUGAAAUUUGCCGAUGUUGAUUGGCAUCAAUCUGAGUGAUCCUAUUUUCACGGGUGUCUACCAUGGCAAGAAGGCACAUGACGACGACCUACCACAAAUUAUCCAGCGUGCUCUGGGAGCUGGCUGUCGAAAGCUCAUGGUCACAGGCUCUGAUCUUGAGGAGUCUCAGAAGGCCAUUGACUUGUCUGAGCAGUAUCCUGGACUGUGCUACGCUACUGUAGGCGUUCACCCUUGCUCCGCCAUGACUUUCGACAAGUACGCAGAUGGACCCGACGCAUUGCUAUCCGCUCUCCGCGAUCUCGCCAUCAAGACGAAGGCUGCCGGCACCGCAGCAGCAUACGGCGAGUUCGGCCUCGACUACGAUCGUCUACACUACGCCGACAAGGAGACCCAGAUCAAGUACUUCCGAAAACAACUCGACAUUGCCGUCGAGGUACAACUACCACUAUUCCUGCACUCGCGUGCGGCAGCAGAAGACUUUGAAGCCAUUUUGAAGGAGAGACUUGACGAGUUGCCGAAAAGAGGAUGUGUACACAGUUUCACGGGAACACUUGAAGAGAUGAAGAACAUUGUCGACAUGGGUUUCGAUGUCGGCAUUAAUGGGUGCAGUCUGAAGACGGAGGAGAAUGUCCAGGUGGUCAAGGAAGUUCCACUGGAGCGACUACAGAUCGAGACGGACGGUCCUUGGUGCGAGAUGCGACCUUCUCACGCUUCAGCCAAGUACUUGAAGGACGCACCCCAGCUUCCCAAGGCCGUCAAGAAAGAGAAAUGGACAGCGGACAACAUGGUCAAGGGCAGAAAUGAGCCUUGCACCAUCCCAAACGUGGCCUAUGCCAUUGCCAACAUCAAGGGGAUCUCAGUCGAGGAGGUAUGUGAGGCCGCCUGGAACAACUCAAUCAAGAUGUUCGGACUCGGUGAGAAAUAGAUGCUAGAUAUACACCACUAGAUUUGUUGCAUAGAUCGGCUAAUCUACUCGAGUACUCGAACGACAUGUUGCUUUCGGAAGUACAUGCCCGA